AUGGAGCCUAGGGGUGCGGAGCCUGGGGGUGCUGAGCCUGGGGGUACUGAGCCUGCGGGUGCGGAGCUUGAGGGUGUAGAGCCUGGUGGUGCUGAGCCUGCGUGUGAGGGGUCUGGGGGUGCUGAGCUUGGCGGUACUGACGCUGGAGGUUCUGGAGCUACUGAGGGUGCUGGCGCUGGAGGUUCGGGAGCUGCUGGAGGGCCUAGUACUGGUGACGCUGGAGCUGGAGGUUCUGGAGCUGCUGAGGGUGCUAGCGCUGGAGGUUCUGGAGCCGCUGGAGGUACUGGUGCUGAGGGUACUGACACCGGAGGUUCUGGAGCCGUUGGGGGUGCGGGCGCUGAGGGUUCUGAGUCUGCUGUUGCGCGGUCUCCUUGGAGUGGCCGCCUUCGUCCACGUGUGCCUCUCACCCCACAGCAGCUGCAGGACUGGUACGGUCGCCGUCAGCGUCGCGCUGCUGGAGCUCGGAGUCGUGCUGGUCCUUUGUCUACUGGAGGUGCUGGAGUUGCUGGUUCUGGAGGGGCUCGUGCUGGAGACACUGAGGCUGGAGACCCUGGGACUGGAGGUGUCGGCUCUGGGGGUGCUGCUGCUGGAGACACUGAGGUUGGAGACCCUGGAGCUGGAGGUGCUGGUUCUGGGGGUGCUACUGCUGGCGACCCUGAGGUUGGAGACCCUGGGACUGGAGGUGCUGGUUCUGGGGGUGCUGCUACUAAAAACACUGGAGCUGCUGGAGCUGCUGGUACUGGUGCAGCUGCGCCGACACGACUGUUCUUCGCUCCGCCGUCUCCGUCGUCUCUGCCGCCGUCUGUUCUUCGUCAGGUUCUUACUCUUCCGUCGUCUACUGGUCUUCCGUUACAGUCUGGCUCACCGCUGCCUGCUCCUUCUCCUUACACUGAGCUGACUGGUAGUCCUGCUGAGCGUCGUGAGCCUGCGUCGCGUCCUGUUUCGCCUGCUCGUCCUGGUCGUACCGGUCGUCGUGUUCCUCGUUCGCGUCAGCCGGCUGUCCCCGGCGCACACCUCGUAGUCCGUUGUCCUUCCUCUGCUCCGCCGCCUGUUCCUCUGCCGUCUCCUCCUACGUCCUCUCUGCCUGCCGUUCCGGACCCUGAGUCUGACCGGUUUCGUACUGAGCACCAUACUGUCACGCGUCUCCUAGCCACUAUUGUCACUGACCCGUCGUUUGAGUCUACUACUGCGUCUGCCUUGGUCGCUGAGCUUGUUGACUUUGCACGGCCAGGAGACCCGGAUGCACUAGACAUCCCGACUCCGCGCUCUUACGCAGAGGCGAUAGAGGGUCCCUACUCCUCUCAAUGGCAGGCAGCCAUGGACGCAGAGAUGGCUUCCUGGAAGUCCACAGGCACCUACGUUGACGAGGUUCCCCCACUUGGGGCGAACAUCGUCAGUGGCAUGUGGAUUUUCAGGGUGAAGCGGCCGCCGGGUUCUCCGCCUGUCUUCAAGGCGCGUUACGUAGCUCGAGGCUUCAGUCAGCGAGAGGGAGUUGACUUCUUCCAGACCUUCUCCCCCACCCCGAAGAUGACCACUCUUCGGGUGCUGCUGCAUGUUGCUGCUCACCGUGACUACGAGCUUCACUCUCUUGACUUCAGCACAGCUUUCUUGCAGGGCAGCCUGCACGAGGAGAUCUGGCUGCGCCGCCCCCCGGGCUUCACUGGGUCGUUCCCUCCUGGCACCCAGUGGAGCCUCCGGCGGCCGGUCUACGGUCUCCGCCAGGCGCCACGUGAGUGGCACGACACACUGAGGACUACGCUUGCGGCUCUUGGGUUCGCGCCUUCUACUGCUGACCCGUCGCUGUUUCUGCGCACCGACACUUCACUGCCGCCGUUCUACAUCCUCGUGUACGUCGACGACUUGGUUUUUGCCACUUCUGACACUGAGGCUCUCGCCCACGUGAAGUCGGAGCUGCAGAAGAGACACACGUGCACAGACUUGGGUGAGCUGCGCAGCUACCUUGGCUUGCAGAUCACACGCCGCACCAUCACCCUGACUCAGUCACACAUGGUGCAGCAGGUCCUUCAGCGCUUCGGCUUCACCUGGUCUUCAGCACAGGCCACUCCUCUGGCUACAGGUCACUCGCUCUCAGCUCCACCUUCGGACGAGUCCGUAGAGCCGAGUGGUCCUUACCCAGAGCUAGUCGGCUGCCUCAUGUACCUGAUGACUUGCACUCGACCUGACCUCGCGUACCCUCUUGGUCUUCUGGCUCGCUACGUGGCUCCUGGUCGGCACCGACCUGAGCACAUGGCUGCUGCUAAGAGGGUACUGCGCUACUUGUGCAGCACAUCAGGCAUGGGGCUAGUGCUUGGAGGGACGAGCCCAGUUGUCCUCACUGGGCACUCAGACGCUUCUUGGGUUGACGACCUGGCUACUCAGCGGUCGUCGCAGGGUUACACCUUCAGCCUUGGCUCUGGUUCAGUUUCGUGGCGUUCUACACGCUCGUCUUCAGUUCUCAGCUCCAGUUGUGAGGCUGAGAUCUACGCCACAGCCAUGGCUGCACAGGAGUUACGCUGGCUCACCUACCUGCUGACUGACUUGGGGGAGCAGCCUCGUUCUCCUCCAGUGCUGUACGUCGACAACAAGGCCGCCAUUGCCUUGUGUGAGGAGCACAGACUGGAGCACAGAACGAAGCACAUUGCUCUGCGUUACUUCCUGGCUCGAGAGUUGCAGCAGCGAGGCCAGCUUCGUCUUCGUCACGUGGCCACUCGGGCCAACACUGCUGAUAUAUUCACCAAGGCACUUCCGUCUGGUGAUCAUCAGCGCUUUUGUACCCUGUUAGGCCUUGUGCCUACGUUUCCACACUUGUUGUAG